UCUCUGUAUUCAGAUAGAAUAUAAUGUGAUGUGAUUAUCGUACCGUUAUUAAGAAUUUACGAUUGACCUUUUAAUUAGAGCGAAGAGUAUUAAUUUCACAAGUAGAUAUCCGUGAAUCCAGUAAUUGAGCCCAAUGAACGGAUUUUUAAUCCGAAGCAACCUCGUUCGCCUGUGGUCGUGAAUCGCAGGCAAUAGGGUGUUCUCAUUUUACUGAGGUACCUAAGCAUACCUAAACGUUCAGGGUGCCUUACUUGGUUAGCCAAGACGCCAAUCGUUCGCUCCGUAGCGCUAUAAUACGCUAAUGUCUCUGUCGCACUAAUAUGGAAAAGUGAUAUAGAGAGAUUACCGUUUCGUUCGCUACGGCGCAAACAAUUGGCAUCUUGGCUAGGCCCUCUGGACCACCAGGUAUAAAUAUAUUGAAAUUAACCCAACAAGGUAGACCGAUGCGAUGAUCAGUCCAUGACCACAGGAAACCGUGAAUAUAAUGGUAUAACCCAUCGUUGUGAAAAUCCUUGUGGGAGGCAUGUGUAGAGCUGCCAUCUCGAAUUUCGCCAAACCCGGACAAAGAUUCAAAUAAACCCGGACAUUUGGCGUAAAUCGCAUUUUUUCCCCGGGCGUGUCCGAAAAUAAUAUUUUUUAAAUACAAGACCUUUAAUUUUACAUGUAGUUUUAAUGUGCUUCCUUACAUGAAAAGUGUCCGGGUUCUUGACGCCCCCCGGACGUCCUCCAAACUAGGACAAAUUCGGGAAAACCCGGAAGGAUGGCAGCCCUAGGCGAGUGUGGUGAUGAUGUGGAGGUAGAAGUUUGAUUUAUACUAGUUUUACGAUUGUAUUACGGGUUGUCCUACUGGACAGAAGAAUAGUCCGGCGAGCAAUUGAUUUUAUUUAUAGACCGGCUGCAUUAAUGACGCCGGAACAGCGUGCGCGUGCGACGCCUCGACACGCGAGCUGUAGGAUUCUUCUAUAUUAAUUGGCGCAAUGCGCGCCGGUAUAAAAAUAGGCAUAUUACGGAGUUAAUCGUUUCACGUGGAGUCAUCGUCGUUACCUAAGCCGUUUGACCCUUUACGUUAUAAACAAAAAUGUCACUGAUACGCUACGGGUCCCGGGUGCAAGCGAGCUAAUGUAAACCUUACUUGAAAGUGUGUAGGUUACUUUGACAGCGUACAUCAUAAUACCUGUAGUCGUCCAUGGCUGGGCACGACUAUUAGUAACGCCGACUUUUGGUGUUCUUCGCGUUUAAAAAGGUAAACACAAACAAACAACAAGGGCAGCCUUAGGUCGGUUGAAUGAUUAUGAGAUUACUUCAUUAUUGAAUAGUGAUUAACGACAUACCUACCUGUUCAUCAAAAAUAAAUAUACUUUUAACUUACUUAUAACUAUGAAUGUUAAAUUGCAUUUUAUUGACUAGGGAUAUGUGUAAAGUACCUAAUAUUUAGCAAUGCCGGCAUUUGUUCCCGUUCAGUCAGUAUUGGUAGAAUUAGUAACCGCUGCACAAAAGAAACAAAGGCUUUUGUUUUACAGAUUAUAGGGUCUGAGGCGUAAAAAUUAUUUGAGAAAAUUCAUACUAUAUUCGUAGUUUAUUUUCCUUUCCUUUAUAAGCUUGUAGGAAGUUUGUAAAUUGGGCAAGUAAGUGGGGAUUGGGAUACAUAGAUAACUCGAGCCAAACGCAAUGUCGAUCUUGGGUCAAAACUAGGCCCAGAGUAAAUAAAUUAGGUAAAAUCGCGAAACUAAUGUCAAAGUGCGGGAUGCAGCUACGUGUUCUUAAAGGAAUAUUGUGUGCUGAACUCAAUCAUGAAUCUAAGCUAAGCACAUUGUUAGAAAGUAGUCAAAAAAGGCGCUUAUCGGCGCGUUAUGAAACAUGCUCUCGUCUGUUUCAGCCGAACUUUUAGUCGUUUUUCCGCGCCCUCCACUUGCCAGUAGCGGCUGCGAGGGCGCGCUCGGCUGAAACUCAGUGUUGCUCUGUAUGGCCCCGCGGACGGACCCGCCCGCGCGUCUCCCGGCUGACGUAAACACGCGGUAGAAAGUCGAUCGCUACGAGCUCUGUUUUUCGUGAUUAAAAGUGGUGAUAUUUGCGGUUGGAUUGUUGUUAGUUUUGUGAAUAUUUUCUUCAGUUUUCCAUAACUAAGACAAUACCUAGUGUUACGUGUAUCCUAAAUUCAGUGACAGUCGGAUGGACGUGCAGUUGAGAUCAAGUGAAAGUCGGUAAUUUCCCGGUGUGGGAAGGAAGCAACAAUGGAUCACCUGUUCCGCCAGCGGCGGAUAAGCGUGCCCAAGCGCACAAGCGAGCUAGUGGCGCUGAUCGCGGUGUCGUGCACGUUAUUCCUGUUCCUACACACGCGGGACCUGAGCACCAAGUUGCGCCGCAUGGAGGGCAGGCUCAACGAUGACGUGACUGCCUUCAACCACCUCACUGACAGUAAGUGUUACAGCACCAGCGAGCUAGUGGCGCUGAUCGCGGUGUCGUGCACGUUGUUCCUGUUCCUACACACGCGGGACCUGAGCACCAAGUUGCGCCGCAUGGAGGGCAGGCUCAACGAUGACGUGACUGCCUUCAACCACCUCACUGACAGUAAGUGUUACAGCACCAGCGAGCUAGUGGCGCUGAUCGCGGUGUCGUGCACGUUGUUCCUGUUCCUACACACGCGGGACCUGAGCACCAAGUUGCGCCGCAUGGAGGGCAGGCUCAACGAUGACGUGACUGCCUUCAACCACCUCACUGACAGUAAGUGUUACAGCACCAGCGAGCUAGUGGCGCUGAUCGCGGUGUCGUGCACGUUGUUCCUGUUCCUACACACGCGGGACCUGAGCACCAAGUUGCGCCGCAUGGAGGGCAGGCUCAACGAUGACGUGACUGCCUUCAACCACCUCACUGACAGUAAGUGUUACAGCACCAGCGAGCUAGUGGCGCUGAUCGCGGUGUCGUGCACGUUGUUCCUGUUCCUACACACGCGGGACCUGAGCACCAAGUUGCGCCGCAUGGAGGGCAGGCUCAACGAUGACGUGACUGCCUUCAACCACCUCACUGACAGUAAGUGUUACAGCACCAGCGAGCUAGUGGCGCUGAUCGCGGUGUCGUGCACGUUGUUCCUGUUCCUACACACGCGGGACCUGAGCACCAAGUUGCGCCGCAUGGAGGGCAGGCUCAACGAUGACGUGACUGCCUUCAACCACCUCACUGACAGUAAGUGUUACAGCACCAGCGAGCUAGUGGCGCUGAUCGCGGUGUCGUGCACGUUGUUCCUGUUCCUACACACGCGGGACCUGAGCACCAAGUUGCGCCGCAUGGAGGGCAGGCUCAACGAUGACGUGACUGCCUUCAACCACCUCACUGACAGUAAGUGUUACAGCACCAGCGAGCUAGUGGCGCUGAUCGCGGUGUCGUGCACGUUGUUCCUGUUCCUACACACGCGGGACCUGAGCACCAAGUUGCGCCGCAUGGAGGGCAGGCUCAACGAUGACGUGACUGCCUUCAACCACCUCACUGACAGGAUAGAGACGGGCCUAGCGGGGUAUGCGUCGGCGCAAGAGCACAAAGAGGCGCUCGAGGCUAUUCGCAGGCACACUGGCGCGGAGCGCAAAAAACCUCAGCGCACACUAGAAGCAGAGCCUGAAGAUGCUCAAGAAGAAAUGGAGCAGUAUUUAGAAGAGAUAGUUCCCGAGCCAUGGGAGUUGAACAAUACUGCGCGCGCCGGCAUGGAACUGCUGUUCUUCAACCGCGUGCCGAAGGUCGGCAGUCAGACCUUCAUGGAGCUGCUGCGCCGGCUGGCGGCAAGGAAUCAGUUCGGGUUCCACCGGGACGCGGUUCAGCGCGUGGAGACGAUCCGCCUGGCGCCGGCCGACCAGCAGGUGCUCGCGAGCAUCGUCACGGCGCACGCGCCGCCCGCCUCCUACAUCAAACACGUCUGCUAUACUAACUUCACCAGGUACGGUUACCCAUCUCCGAUCUACGUGAACGUGGUGCGGGACCCAGUGGAGCGCGUCAUCUCGUGGUACUACUACGUGCGGGCGCCAUGGUACUACGUAGAGAGGAAACGAGCGUUUCCCGACCUGCCGCUACCAGAUCCUGCCUGGCUGAAGAAGGAUUUCGAGACGUGCGUGUUGAGUGGCGAUCGCGAGUGCCGGUACGUGCAGGGCGAGACGCACGAGGGCAUCGGAGAUCACCGCCGGCAGACGCUCUUCUUUUGUGGACACGAACCUCAGUGCACGCCGUUUAACAGCGUAGAAGCGCUGCAGCGCGCGAAGCGUGUCGUGGAGGAGCAGUAUGCUGUGGUCGGUGUGCUCGAAGAUAUGAACUCUACUCUGUUGGCUUUCGAGCGAUACAUCCCGCGUUUCUUCAGUGGCGCAUCCAAGCUGUAUUGGGAAGAGCUGAACACGUUUAACCGUAUCAACCGCAACGCCUUUAAGCCACCUGUUUCCGAGGCCGUCAAGAACAUGGUCCGCGCCAACUUCACUCGCGAAAUUGAGUUCUACGAGUUCUGCAAACAGCGCCUCCACCUUCAACUCAAGGCGCUGAGAGAACCCGGAGUAACGCUGCCGGUGUCGCAGCGAGUCAAGCGGCGCGCGGUGAAGCGGUUCAGACGAGUGUAGCGACUCCUGUAAACUGGCUGCUACAAAAUACCCGGAUUUGAGUGUUGAGCAUUUUUUGGGUACAACGUGACGCCAAUAGACAUUUGUGUUAGUUGUGAAACUGGUGAAAGCAGUGCAAACGCUUAUAAGUGUAUCGAAGAGUAUGAAGGAAUCUUUGUAGGUAGUCUUGUUAGGUAGGCAAAUCGGAAAGUUAAAAAUGGUUGAGUGUAGGUAUUGAACCAUAAACUUCCUUAGUUUUCUGACAGUUGUACCUUAAUACCUAUAUUUUCAAGAUUUGCUGGUGUAUUCCCAAUUCCCAUUUGUCCCGACCCCACGUGACCGCCGCCAUACAUACCUACGGCGGGAAAUAAUGCGAAUGAUUUAUAUGAAUGCACCUAUUCCCAUCUGUGCCUGACAGGGACAAAUGGGAAUCCACGGAUAUGCUGACAUGUCUAUAUGCGUGUAGUCGUGAAUUAAAGAGCUCUCUUUAUGCAAUUUUAAGUCAAAAUUAUAAUACAUGCCAACAUUGAGGCAAUCAGGUCUAUAUGGAGGACGUGUUGGACACAAAAGUGCGUAUUAUUAGUAUUGUUCAAUUGUAUUUGGUAACUUUCAAGGUACGAUGAAAUUUCACCCAGAGCUCCUAUGCUACGCUUACUACUUGACAACGAGCGGAUUUUAUGCUUGUUUGUCACCGUUGUAUUAUACUUACAUCUGCCGUGUUGUCAUAGUAUGUCGACGCAUUUCGCAGUGAUAAGGUUUCACUCAAAUGCGGACUGCACCACAAUACUGCUGCAGCGUUAACGCAGGCGAUGUCACUGUCUAUCUCCUUGAUACAAUAUGUAAAGCUCAGAAGUCUGGUUUUCUAGGAUAGCGGUGCCGUCAUAUAGCAGCCGUCUCCAUCAUAUUUAGCCGUAUUAUUUUCUAUGAAGACGGCCGCUAUAUGACAGCUAGGAAAACAGAGCUUACGGACUGAAUUAUGGAAGGUAGAGGCAAGGAACAGAAUCUCCAUUUACUAAUUGUCCGACAAAAACCAUAAAUAGGUGGCGCUACAAUACCUAGAAUACUUGGGAAAAAAUCUAAUCAUAGACAGCGCACUUCACUCCGUCAAUAACGUUAACGCCUAGGUUCUUAGCUAUUCUAGCGCUACUCUGGAGAGAUUUGGUACUAUUAUUUAUAGCUGACAGCUGGACACUUGCAACAGUUCUGCCUAAGGAGAUUCUGUUCCUUGCCUCUACCUUACAUAUACUGAAUGUUCGACAUGACAGCUAUGCAACAACAGCAACGCGAUUCAUCAAGGAAGUUGACGGCUGAAUCGCCUGGAUCCGGAUUAAAUUUCCUGAAGGAGGUUUUCAUUAUAUUUGGUAAAAAUCUACGAGUGCGAUGCUACAUGCGUAGUUUCAUUGACGUUGAAGGUGUUGUAAACAAUUUGGAAAUACACAAGAAGAACAAAGUUAGACGUAAUUUUCUACCUGAAAGUAGGGUUGUUUCUAAUUUUUUGAAACGCUUGUAUUACGUUCUAUAUGAAUUAAAAAAUGCCCUAAAAUUCAACUUUUAUACUAAUAACGGCUUUAAAUACGUUAAAUUAACAAAAUAUAUUUUGACAGAUGCUUUCGCGCCUAAAACGCUCUUUGAAAAUUGUGUGACGUCACAGUUUACGGUUUGACACAUAAUAACUACAUCCACACGUAGAAGAUACGAACUGUCAACUGACAUUUGUCAUUUGUUGUUUAUCGCUUAACUGUCAACAGUGUCAAUCCGAGAGUUGUGACGUCAUCAGAAUCUUCAAAGACGUUUCAAGUUUGGUCACGUGACGUGUGCCAAAAGAUAUUCUAAAUUCAAUAUUUACAAAAAUAUGGUCAUUACAGGUCCCCUAAAAGUAGUUUAACAUGUUCUUAUAAUCCAAAAGAAUUUAUUGGGAUACAAGUCUGCCCUAAGAUUUGUACUUAGAUGGAAACAACCCUAUUCUUGAGUAUUUUCACUAGACAUAAUAUUUAUUAAUUAUCGAAGUAGGUAUUAUGUUUUUGCAAACGUAAUGUAGGUACUUUAUAGGGUUUCAUUUGAUAAAUGAGGCCCAGUGAUUUGCCUGGCAAGCUCGGCCAUUGCAAUAUACGUGUUUCCUAUAUACGUUGGAUGGUAAUAUUAAAAAUAAUAUUUAGCAAUUAAGAUUACUCACGUUAUCACUUUCACUUAAAAAUAAUAAGAAGACUAACAUCGUAAUCAUACGAGCAAAUACCCACAUUAAGCAUCUAAACAAACAAUAUCUCAUGCGAGUAUAAUUAUGACUUUUUUGUAUAAAAAUAAGAGCCUGUUUCUUAGAGGUGUUGAUACCGAUAAGCAGUAUAAUUAAUUAUAUUAGUCACUAUAUGUCACCUUUUCCAGCAAUAUGUUGUACCGCAUUGUCUACCGUUAAUAAGGUCGAUUUCUAAAUGAUAUUUUAUGUAAGUAGCGCCUUAUUGACUAUGAGUGCCUACUCUUUUUGCUUUAAAUCUUCACCCAUUCUUUUGUUAGAUACUUAUGAAUAUAAUUGUAUGUUCUUAUUUAUUUUAGACUCGUUAUAAUAAGUUAAUAGUAAUGUUUUGUAUUUCACUAUCAUCCAAGCAUUGUGAUAUAUUGUUUGCCUUCGUGUAAAUAUAAUAAGUUGGCUUAGGAUUUGUAUUAAUGCGUACAAACUUGUACGUAGAUAAGUAGGAAUUAAGUAACGUUUUACCUUUAAGCUAAACAAUUAAGUUAAAGAAAGUUAAUUGUACAGUUCUAAUACUAGCGUCAUGAUGACAGUUAAGAAAUAAUGUUUUAUUUAUUUCUGAGCAAAUGAUACGUACUUAUUAAAUUUAUAAUCAAA